AUGGAGAACGAGCCAUCGAAGUCGCAACCACCUCAGCAUAUCACGACCGCCUCAAGACCGUCCAACGAUGCUUUGGAUAAUGUGGAUGAAGAACCUGAACCAUGGCAGGUACUACACCAAAACUCUCAGCUAGCUGAUAGUAUGGUUCAACAAAUGUCUCAGCGAAGCACUAGUGAACUAGACGGUCACUCGCGAGAUAUCUCAAAUCAAACACUUGGGCAAUACGAGGAAGAUGAUGGCACAAACGAGGGCAUACACUCUCAGGACAAUCAAAGUUCUCGACCUAUCUGGUCUGGAAUUGUUGAUUGGGUCAAGGGCCAUGACCAAGAUCAAUCAUCUUAUUCCACGAACGUGAGACCUUCAACUACAGGUUACACCCAAGUUACCGAAGAGGUUCCAUCUAGCCAGGAAAAGACAUUCACAUCUGAAGAUACAAAUCAACCUUCGCAACAACAUGAUGACGAGGGAACAAAACUCGCUCGAGCAUACACAAAGACAGCGGCCGCCGCUGUCCAUACCUUUUUAGAUCAGAAUCACGACACUUCACAGUAUUCCACUGGAUUCUACUCCAAUAGUGAAGAACCGUCGAUUGACGAAUAUAUACAUGACAUCGACUACGUGCCAGCUCCUGAAAAAUACAAGCCCGGCUUGUUUGGCGCCCUCCUCGCAUAUAAGCUUGAUCAUCUGCAACAGGACUGGACCAAUACCCACAAACAAACACAUCAACGUAAAACAACAGCACCGAGGCAUGAUGUCAAAUCUCUUUAUCAAGCAUCCUCACUGACACAUUCGGUUCCUACGUCCGGCACAUCUACACCAAAUAAGAAGGUCAAAUGGUAUGAAAAGCCAGAGCAGAGUAACCCAACGGCAGCAGCAUUGAUGCAGGCAGCAUUAUCAACCACCACUCCCAGUGUGGCUGGUACCGGUGCCAUUCCACGACCAAGAGCAAUGCGACCGAAAUCGGCCGACAUGAUUUCCACGGCAGUCGAUAUUAUCACACACGGUAAGAACCAAAGCCAGCAACGGUUCUCGAACAGUGCGCUGGAGAGCCAUGUGGGCCUCAUCUCAGAAGUUGCAGACAUCAUUGCACGAAGAGAUUAUCUGAUCAAGCUAUGUGGCGCACUGAUGGAAUACGGUGCACCGACUCAUCGAAUUGAAGAAUACUUGAGUGCUUCGGCCCGAGCACUUCUCAUUGACGCAGAUUUUCUCCAUAUUCCGGGCGCAGUGAUAUGCACCUUUGCCGAUCGGACGAUUCACGCAAACAAUGUCGACAUUGUCAGGAAGCGAGGUGGACUCGACUUUGCCCGAUUGAAGGACGUUUUCAAUGUCUACAAAUGUGUCAUUCACGAAAAACUGACCCCAGAAGACGGGCUUAGAGAAAUCGAAGCCAUUCGAAAGCGACCAGACACCUUCUCCGAACUGUUCCGAAUCCUUCUCUUCGGCGUUGCAUCCGUUGUGGUUGGUCCGUUUUCUUUCGAAAGCCGCCCGAUCGACUUUGGUCCGAUUUUCAUUCUUGGGUGUACUAUUGGCUUUAUGCAAGUCAAGAUAGUCCCACGAUCUGAGCAUUUUAGUAAUGUUUUUGAAGUAUUCGCUUCCGUCCUGGCGGCAUUUGUUGCACGAGCUCUGGGUUCGAUCAAAUACCACGACGGUCAGUACAUUUUCUGCUUCUCUGCAAUGGCACAGAGCAGUAUCGCCAUGAUAUUACCCGGUUUCAUGAUGUUGAACGCUGCACUGGAGUUACAGGGAAAGAACAUAAUAUCUGGAUCGGUGCGAAUGGUGUACGUUAUUGUUUAUGUCCUCUUCCUCGCUUUCGGCCUGCUCAUUGGCACGACAAUCUUUGGUUUAAUCAAACAUGACGCGGUGUCAUCAACCACCUGUGACAUCCCGACAUGGUUCGCUGCUGAUAUGAACUAUAAGCUGAUCUACACCCGCUUCAUAUGGGCUCCCCUGUUUGCGUGCUGCAUGGGUUUAAUCUAUCAGGCAAGAUGGAAGCAACUGCCCAUCAUGGCAUUCAUUGCAGUAUGCGGGCAUCAAGCGAAUUUCUGGAUUUCAACUCAGCUAUCUAGCAAUCCGCAGGUUGCUAACGCCAUCGGGGCCUUUGUUAUUGGAUGCAUCUCGAACCUAUACUCCCGGCUGUUCCACGGGCUUGCAGCAACCGCUAUGCUACCCGCCAUUUACUGCCAGGUACCUGGAGGUUUGGCAUCUUCUGGUUCGCUAGUGGCAGGCGUCACCUCUGCCAAUGAGAUUGCAGGGAAUGGUACUGCCGCAGCCCACGCCAGUAGUAGCGCAGAUGGAACAAUCUUCACAGUUGGGUAUAGCAUGGUCCAGGUUGCUAUUGGUAUUAGUGUUGGGUUAUACCUUAGUGCACUGGUUGUGUAUCCAUAUGGGAAGAGAAAGAGCGCACUAGGCAGCUUCUGA